CCAUCUUGCAGAUGCACAUUCACUUUUACUGUACAAAAACAUCCCCACCUUCUAGCCUCUAGAAUCUAUAGAGUUUGCUGUUGUAGGGAGACAAAAUACCCAGGCGCCCGUUAGCUAGCUUUUCGCAGAUCUUCAAAGCCAAACCUUUCGCUGACCUCUCCUGCCAGGUGACAAAACGUCCCCAUAAAAAUGAAACUGAUGUGCAACUGUCAUAUGUAUUUGGCUUCCCUUUUGGGGACCAUCCUACUACUUCACUUACAAGUAAGAGCAGACACUACCAAAAAUCUUUUGACGACAACAGAAAGUCCCGCCAUUCCCACAACUCCAAAUCCAACAGAGACAAGUGGGGCUCUUACAACAAAGAUUUCAGAAGAGACAGCUACUUAUACAAUGCAGACAACCACCUUCGAAUCAACACCCCAAACGCAACCAGCUACCUUUGGAUCCACAUUCAUAGUGCAAAUGUCCACCUCUCAGUCUCCUUCAGAUACAUCAACCACCCCACAGUUGCCCUCAACACCUCCACCAGAAGCGCCAAUAUCUUCCUACACUGUUACUAGUACAGAUCAAGAACUUGCGACUCUUGGUGAGGGUCAGAUUAAAGCUGAACUCUGUGAAGAAAAUAAUAAAAGACUAAUGCUGAUCUGCCUCAUCAUCAUUGGGGUGCUUAUCUUCAUUUGUGUAUGUCUACUUAUGGCCGUUGUUGCAAUGGCAAACAAACUAUCCUAUGUCAAGAGAAGACAGCCAAGCAAGCGCCUCCCCAGGAGCAAUGGUGACUUCCUGAGCGCUAGUAGCUUGUGGCCGGUUGGGUUAGAAACACUGCAGAGGAUGACCCACGAGACAACAGGAACAGAUCAGGUGACACAAAGCUUGGGGCCGGAGAGAACAAAUGCAGGGCAAGGGAAAGCUGGCGAAGAAGUGAGCAAGAAACUGGCUAGUGAAGUAUCAGACAGACAGAAGCAGAAGGAGGUGUCAGCAAAGUCACCCAACAGUGCCACAACCAAUGUUGAGAUCUGAGCAUCAUGGAGGCACCCACAGGAAGGGGGGUGAACGUAAAGGCUACAUGCCACCAUGUCGGAUGUAUUAGGUUUCCAGGUGUAUCCACGCUGCCGGUAAUUCUCCAGACGGUCAUGGAUUCCUCAGGAUGGAAUUCCGUAAUGAGCUAUUACUAUUGAGAUAACUGUCCAUGGUACUUCAGACAUCAAGUAAUCCAUUCCUCUUCAAAAUGUGCAUGAUUUGCUUUAAGAAAAUGUGAAUGCUAUGCAUGCAAGAGGAAAGCAAAGUAGGAAAAUGGAACAAGAUGCAACCCUGGAAGGGCAAAUGCCCCUUACUGCCACCCACACAUAAUAGCAAGGGUGGUUGAGAGAUGGAGUCAGGCUUUAUACGCAAAGGCUUUGACAAAUGUAUGCAUCAUACAUAUGCUCAUUCUCCUCGCGUUCAAACACUGGGUCUCAAGACAUUGCAGCAGAACCUCAGACGAGGUGCGAACUCUUACUUGCCUGCUCCCUCUCCACCCCCUCCCCACCCAUCAGGGUGCAUUCUGAUUGGACUAUGACAGCAGAUUGCCUCUGUCAUCUGUUCAUGCCCAAGACUGCAAGAGGCUUGUGUACCUCCCCAUUCCACAGACCUCUGUGUUGCUUAUUAACAUCAACACUGCAGGAUCAUUGGAUCUAUUUCUGGCAGACUUCCCACUUGAUCAAGACCAGCAAAACACCAAAUUUGCUGUUUGUGGUGGAAUACCUACAUCGUACUUUUUUCUCUCAGACCCCCUUUCACACCAGGAAUUUUCCUGGACAAGCUCCAUUAAAAUGAACUUAUUAUAA